UUAUAAAUCUAUUCAUGCCACAACGGAACUUCAAAGGCUAGCUACGAAAUACGAAAUUACACUGCUUUCUAUUCAGAGAUUUCCUUUGUCUGACUCAAAAUCUCUCGAUGUAACACCACAAUUAAACGCCAUUAAGGAAAAGGACGUGAGAAUAAUAAUUCUUUAUUGUGAUAUAACGAUAAGUAAAACUGUUAUAAAGCAAGCUGAACGCAUGAACAUGUUUCGUUCUGGAUGGACCUGGCUCGUCAUGGAUAGCAUUACAUCGUUCAGUCUUAAAUACUUAUCGGACGAUGACGGAUAUAUACCAUCUUCUUUAGUCGGAUUAAUAGGAACAGCAUUUGUAGUUCCUGAUACCAUUUUGUAUUUAAAAUUAAUGAAUCAAUUAAAAGCGAAUAAUUUGGAAAAUCAUAUAGAAAAUCAGCAAGCUAUCACUCGUGUGUAUGAUGCAGUGUUAGCAAUUGCCAACGGACUUCACAGAAUUCUUUACGAAGAGAAAGUAUCUUUCGAACUUCCUACUUUCCAAAAAGGAAGUUGCGCAGAUUCUGUCAAUGACUGGAAAUGGGGUAGAAAUUUGUUGGAAAGUAUUCUUAAUUUGAAUAACGUUAAUGGAAGUUUAGGGCCUAUAAAGUUCACGAAAUUUGGUUACCAUCAUCUCACCAGUUUUGACAUCGAAAACCUUCAAACGAGAGGUUUCGUUAAAGUAGGAAAAUGGUUAGGAAACGAAAAACACUUGACAAUUAAUUCAGAAAUCAUAUUUCCUGGGCAAACUGUGAAACCUCCUGAUGACUCUCAUCACAGUCUUCACGGAAAAACUCUUAAUAUUGGAAUAGUUAUAGAUGAGCCCUUUAUAAUGAAAAUCCCUUAUUAUAAAGAAGGAGAUCCUAUACAUUCUAAAUACGAAGGAUUACUUAUAGACCUUCUUUUGAAAUUACAAGAAAUGCUUAACUUUAAAUUUAAAUUUCACGAAAUAAAGGAAUAUGGAAUUGAAAAUCCCAAAACAAAAGAAUGGAACGGAUUAGUUAGACAAUUAAUGGAUAAGAAAAUAGAUUUGGGCCUAGCUGCCUUCACGGUAUCUUGGAAAAGACAAGAAGUUAUCACCUUUACAGCUCCUUACUACGAUUUAGGUUUGGCUAUAUUAAUGCCAAAAUAUAAUGCAAAAACUAAACAAAAUUAUUUUGCAUUUUUAUCACCUUUCGAAACAACAGUGUGGCUUACCAUUGCUGUGUCGGUGAUUUUUACUUCUCUAGUGCUUGCAAUAUGUGUAAAUUUAACACCAAGUAAUUUUAACAAUAGAAGAAAGGAGAUAAGGAAAACAAGUCAAAGCGUUAGAGAUUCUUCUUGGAUCACUUUUCCACAAGCACUUUGGUGGAGCUUCUCGUCGCUUGUAGCCCCGGGAACAGAAUUUGAACAACAAAAGAAUCUUCCGGCAAGAAUUGUAAUGGUGACAUGGUGGCUAACUACGGUUAUUCUUAUUGCAGCAUAUACAGCAAAAUUGGCAGCAUUUAUGACAGUCCAGAAUAUGAAACAAGAAAUUAAUUCUCUGGAAGAUUUGGUGAAAUUGAGUUCAAUUUCAUUUGGAAGUCUGAAUGAUUCUUAUGUUGAGAACUUCUUCGCCAACAGUCACUGCGAAACGCAUAAAAUAGCUUACAAACUGAUGAAAAAUUAUAAUACAUUCAUAAACGAUACUUUCGAAGGCGUAGAGAGAGUUAGAGCAUCGUAUUAUUUGCCAGAGGGCCACAAGGAUCGUUUUGCUCUUAUUUCUGAUUCACCACUUGUGGAUUACGCUUCUAUGCAGAGGCCAUGCAAUGUCGAACGAGUUGGAAGACUUUUUGGAUUAGUAAAUUAUUUUUAA